AUAACCAGCCGGACCAGUUUUCACAAUUUGAAUAUCACAGUGCAGUUAGCAAGUGAACCAGAAUCAGGUGUCUUCAAACAAUAUGGCGACAAACGGCUACUCGAUUUCUGUCCUUGCUGAAACAUUGGGUACUUCCGAAGAAGCCGUGCGUUUGAUUCUCUCUCUGCUUCUAGGUUAUCCAUUGGCACUCUUCCAACGACUGUUCCUGAAAAAAGCGCCUCCUACCGCUUACCAUGUCUACUACACCCUUGCGGGACUUUCCAUCAUGUACUUCAACUUUGGUAUUGCCACGUAUCACUCCGCCCUGUCCGUGAUAGUGAACUGGGCGCUGCUCCACCUCUUAGGUGGAUCCUUCCGCUCCGUGGUCCUGUCUUUCACUUACAAUAUGGGUCAUCUGUUGUUACAUUACUAUCUCCUUGGCACCACCACUUAUGUUAUCAACUUCACCACUCCCCAAUGUGUCCUGACAUUACGUCUGAUAGGUUUGGCGUGGGACAUCUAUGACGGCACCAAACCACCGGAGAAACAGUCGGAGAGUCAGAAGAAGGUUGUGCUGAACAGAUCCCCGACGCUUCUGGAAGUGUCCGGCUUUGUUUAUCACUUCGGGGGACUUUUGGUCGGACCACAGUUCCCAAUGAAACAGUAUUUGUUCUCAAUUGGAGUUCUGACAUCGACUGAUGAGAAGCCACCAAUAAGUAUUAUGCUGGCCCUCAACAGACUAGCAACGGGCGCGGUGUACCUUUCGUUAUUUACCCUUCAGACUAUCUACUUUCCGGAUGAUUAUAUGAUCAGCCAGGGCUUUGAAGAUCUGGGCCUCCUCAGCCGUUGGGGUUUCGUGACGAUCUGGGCAAAACUGUUCAUCUGUAAACUGAUCGGAGUUUGGUUGAUCUCGGAAGGUGUUGGUAUCAUCUGCGGCCUGGCGUACACCCCUGGUGCUGACGGGAGCCCUCCCCGCAUGGACGCCUGUCAGAACGUGAAGAUCAUCCCGUGGGAACUGUCAGUCUCACCGGAUGAGAAGAUUCAAUCCUUCAACCUCUCCACCAACACCUGGCUGAUGAACUACAUAUACAAGCGUUUGCGGUUCCUGGGCAUGCGCAUUGUGUCCUUUGUGGUGACGCUGUCGUACCUGGGUAUUUGGCACGGACUGCUGAGCGGCUACCAGGCGGCUUUUCUCUUUGAAGUUAUCUGGGUUCGAGGCUCGAGGGAGCUCGAAGAAAUGGCCCGACGUGUGCCAGUGUCGAGGGUCCUGUCGACUGCAGGCGCGCGGAUAGUCCGCGGUGUGGCGCUAGUGAUCAGCUGGGUGUUCAACUGGGCUAUGUUCGGCUACAUGAUAGUGCCUUUCGCACUACUGGUGGCCGACAAGUGGGUCAAGGUUUACGGACUGCUCUAUUGGGGAGGAUUCAUAGCCCUUGGUCUAGCGUUAGUGAUCGGUCCCCUGGUACGGAGAUGUCUGGAUCCUCCCCAGACACCGACAAAGAACGGACAGGAGGUCGCUACAUCUUCUAACGGAACCUCAUCUUCAAAAGUUGAGAUAACUUCUUCAGACAGGGAAAACGGUAGCGUCACAGUGGACAUUCCCUCACGACACCUAGCGGAACCCGAACGCGAUGAAAAUCCAGAAGCCACGCCAUCAAAUGACAUAUAAAGACGACAAGGAGCAACGAAAUACCCAACCACCCUCCUUUACUCUUGCAUAUGUUUUCUUCCUUACAUAUAGGUGUACACGUUGCUGCAUUGGAUAGGACAUUUACUGCUCGGGGGCGUUCUUGUGAUAUCUUGGGUUAUUCGAAGAUUUUCACGCAAUAGACGAACAUCAGACCGGGGCCUAGAGAUGACGUCACCACAAUCGGUGAUACCCGAGUCGUCCGCGGCAAGUCGCAAAACUACACAAACCU